AUGACUCGCUUAGCAAGGAGUGACAUUGAAUUAGGGCACGUCACAAGCGACGCGGAUUCGCACCAAUCAAAGCACACUUCUUCGAUCCCACAAGUUGAACAACACCCCAGUGGCUACCCGCAAUUCUCGGCACUCAUUGCCUCUCAUGAUGACUUCCACCUAUGCCGGCGCUUUACCGGUCUGCGCUCCCGCCUAUUGUUAUUCAAGCAGGACAAGCUCUCCGUAUUGGAAGCCCAGCUGCAGAAGCUCGAUAUCCAAGAGCAAGACACCUUCAGCCUUGGGUGUUAUCGAAGCAGCAGCAGUGAAGCCAGGGAGCUACUCCUCGUAGAAAUUGACAAAGCACUAGCAGACUAUGACCAACUCGUUAUGCGAAACCACCAGAUGCUAAGCUUCGAAUCUCCACGACCGCAGGCAGUUUCAAGUCUCCAGAAUUGGAUCAAAGGAACGGGCAGCAUCGCCAGACGGGAAAGCGAAUAUCUGAAGCACUCAUCUGAUCUACUCGGUGCUGUGGUUGCAGAUGAUACAGUCAUAGCGUGGCUGGAACAUCUCACAGAGAAGACAUUCAUAGCUCUCCGUCAAUCGCUCGGAUGGUCCGGAUACCAGUGCGCCUCCGAUGACCCAAGAGUUCACAUCUUCUCAAAAACAAUGGUCAAACGAGCGACACGCACGUUGAUGACGCCAUUCAUCGUGACGCUCAUCCUUGCGCCCGUUAUAAUAUGUAAUCGUGUGGACAGCCUAGCUGCGCGACUCUCUACCAUCGUGGUUGCUGCAACGGUCUUCGUUGCUGUGCUGUCCGGCUCUACCAAAGCUAAGACGAUAGAAUUGGUUGUCGCAGGCGCAACAUAUACCACGGUGCUGAUAGUCUUCAUAUCGAGCAACAUGAAUACAGAGGCCUAG